GAGGUGGGUGGAGAUGUGACUCCUGAAUGUGUGGAGGUGUUUUUGGUGCAGCUCGGUUCAAAGUGGCCCCAGCGUUCGGCUGCUGACACCGAUGCGUCCUGCUGUCGCUCCUUCUCCUCAUGGACUUCAUGGAAAUCCUCGGUGGAGCCGGUGGGCCGUCUCCAUUCCAGCAGAGGAGGUUUGACAUUUGAGAAGAAAGUAUUCCUGGAAAAGUUACCUAACUGGACCUCAGGCUUGGGGUCGACAGUGGAACUGCUGAGGAUGGGAACCUCAAGAGCGAUGCGCCUCCUUUUAGCGGCGUUGCUGCUGCACGUGGUCAGAGGUCUGACGGGAAAGGGAAAGAACGGCUCUCCACUCAGGUUUACUCACCAUCUAUACAAUACCACCAUCAAUGAAAACUCUCCGCCUCACAUGUAUGUCGACACACCAGUAAAAAUGGGGAUUCAACUCGCAGACUCUCUCUGGAACAUCAAGUACGCCGUUGUUGUUGGCGAUGACGAUGGCCUCUUCCAAGCAGAGGCUCUCUCAGUUGGAGAUUUCUGCUUUCUCAGGCUGAAAACCCGCAGCAGCUACUCCGCUCUGUUGAACAGGGAAGUCAGAGACACUUACACCCUCACCGUGGAGGCAACGGAGAGUAUUUUUGAUCUCAAAGCAAAGACAAAAGUCCUUGUGCAGGUGCUGGACACAAACGACCUGAAACCUCUGUUCUACCCUGCCUCUUACAACGUGGCCAUCAGAGAAGACACGCCGCUGAAGUCGAGCGUGGUUCGAGUCAGCGCCACGGACGCCGACGAAGGCAGCAACGCAGAGUUUUAUUACUUGUUCACCAGCAGAGCUCAUCCGUUUGCAGUCGACCCCUUCACAGGCACCGUGAGCCUCGUCAAAAAGCUCAACUACACCCAGACGCAGAAGUUCGAGCUAACUGUGCUGGCUGAGGACAGGACAAAAAGGAUAUCUGGUGUGCAGAAGUUUGGGAAUGCCGCCCAAGUCAGGGUUUACAUAGAAAAGAUGUCCAUGGUCUUUCCAAAUAUAACUCCGCCCCCAAAACCUACAGUGUCUGCAGAUGGAGAAGUGGACAUCAGUGUCCAUGUGGAGCCAGGAGUUAAACCUGUGGAAAGCCUUAACAUCGUUGCAGGGGAUCCUCACAAGUGUUUCCAGAUUAUUCCUUCAGGUGUGCACGGCAACGACUUUCACGUGAUCUCCACCAAGAGGAUCAUGUGGUCUCAAACUCUGUUUGGAUUUAAUUUGUCCCUUCAAGCCAAAGAUGGUAGUUCGCCAAGUUUACUCUCUCCAAUUAAAGAAGUCCACAUUCCACCAGAUCAUUAUAGCCCCUUGAUGUUUUUGGAGGACACCUACAUCGUCACCCUGAGUGAAUCUUCACCCCCUAAUACUCAUGUAGCUAAAGUCUCCGUCUCAUCAGUCCCCUAUAACGUCACCUUUAGCAUGAAGAGUAACUCCGACAGCUCAGAUUUCAAAAUAAACCCCAAAACUGGAAUCAUCGUGACAGCUGCGAAAUUCGACUACGAGAAAAAAGAUCGAUAUGAGUUUGAUGUUGUGGCCAAUCAUGGUGAGGCAGAGACUCAUCUUGUGGUUGAAAUUACAGAUGAAAACGACAACAGCCCCCUGUUCACGCAGACGUCCUAUCAGGCCACUUUGGAUGAAAAUACUCCUGUUGGCAGCAGUGUUGUAAAGGUCACAGCUUGGGACAGCGACAAGGGCAAAAAUGGCUUUGUGACCUAUUCUAUUGCACAUUCAGAUCCCUUACCUUUCACUAUAGACCCUUUCACAGGUGUCAUUCUGACUUCAGAACAUCUAGACUUUGAGCUGGCUAACCGGCUGUACCACCUGAGGGUUUGGGCCUCAGACAGCGGCAGCCCUUUCAGUCAGGUCAGUGAGUGUCCUGUCACAAUAACCCUUAACAAUAUCAAUGAUAACUUCCCUGUGUUUGAGAGGGUGGGCUGCAACAUCACAGUACCGCUCGAUUUACCGGUGGGUCGCGAAGUCGCUAAAUUGUCCGCCUUUGAUUCAGACGAGUUAGAGCAGCUGCAGUACAUUAUUGAGUCAGGGAACGAGCUCCAAGUCUUUGGAAUGGAAACCUUCUCUGGAGCCCUCUUCCUCAAAAAGCCAAUUCCUCCUCAGGAGGGUUCAUUCACUUUUCGAGUUGUAGUCAGUGAUGGUAAACAUCGCUCAGAGGCUUCAGUUGUCAGGGUGACGGUCAGAGACAAAGGCGACAAGCCAACACUCCACUGCUUGGAAACAGGCAUUCAGAAACAGCAAACGGACAAACUUAUAGAGUCAAUGAAACCAGUUUUAGUCAAUAAAAAGGAAGAAUCCUUCUCAGACCAGCACAUCACCAACCGGCACACUCCCAAGUUUGUGAAAAGUGUCCCCAGUUCCAUUGACGUUGUUGAGAAUCAUCCUCUGAACUCCACCAUUCUUCAGUUUAAGGCAGCAGACGGUGAUUCGGGGUUCAACGGUCAGGUGGUGUUCGCCCUAUCAAGCGGCAAUGAAGAUGGUUGUUUCUGCAUCGACACUUUCUCAGGAGAACUUCGGUUAGUUUGUUCUUUGGACAGAGAGAGUAAGGAGUUCUACAUUUUGAACAUCACAGCUUAUGACUUGGGAAUGCCGCAGAGGUCAGUGUGGAAACUAAUGGCCGUCAACAUCCUGGAUGUUAACGACAACCCUCCCAUGUUCGAUCAGCCCAGAUAUGUGAUAAGAGUGCCUGAAAACACAGCGGUGGGUUCGGUCGUUUUCACAGCUCAAGCAGCAGACAUGGACACCGACAUGAGCGGGAAAGUCCAGUACCUCCUCCUGACAUCCACCGAUCUCUUUAGAGUAGAUGAGCUGACUGGAGAGGUGAUAGUGACGGGUCAACUGGAUCGAGAAGCCGUGGCCAGUCAUAACCUCUGGAUCCAAGCAAGAGACCAGGCCAAGCAUGGCCCUCAGCUCUUCUCCACCAUCAGCUUGUUAAUAAUUUUGCAGGAUAUAAAUGACAAUCCACCUAGAUUCGUACCCCCGGGGUACCGCAUCAAAGUAGCAGAAGAUGUUCCUGUGGGCACCAUUCUACUUUGGGUGGAGAGUAUUGACUUGGAUCUGGGCAGAGCUGGUCUUGUCUCUUACAACCUAAAGAGCACAGAGAGUGGCAUUUUUAACAUCGAGCCCUCCACGGGAGCCUUGACUCUGGAGAGAGAGCUGGACUUUGAGAGGCGACCAAUGUACAACCUCACGGUCCGCGCAGUGGACCACGGCCUCCCGCGCUCCCUCUCGUCCUCCUGCUUUGUGGAGAUCCAGGUUCUGGACGUCAAUGAGAACCUAUACAGGCCGACAUUCUCAGAGUUUGUGUAUGAGGCUGCAGUAAUAGAGGAUGCAGCAGUGGGGAGCUCGGUGGUGACGCUCACCGCUUCAGACAAGGAUCUAGGCCGGGAUGGAGUCGUCAGAUACCACAUCCACGAUGGCUCUGGACUCGGAGUUUUUACCAUUGACGAGGAAUCAGGUGUGAUUCGGACGUCGGAGCUCCUGGAUCGUGAAACGGUCCCUCACUAUUGGCUCUCUGUGUUUGCCACGGACCUGGGCACCGAGCCUCUGGUGUCUUGGACCCACGUCUUCCUGGAGGUUCUGGACGUCAACGACAACGCCCCGCAACUUUCCCAGCCCAUCUAUUUUGCAUCCGUCCAGGAGAACGUGGAGAAAGUGAACUCGGUCAUCCAGCUGUCAGCCACAGACGUGGACGUCUCCUCUGAGGGCAAACUCUCCUUCCAGAUGCUGGAAUCCCACCGGGUCUAUUUUGACAUUGACCCUAAAACAGGUGUAAUCAGCACAUUGGCCGCUCUGGAUCGGGAGGAGAAGCCUGAACACAGCAUCGAGGUGGUCGUGUCUGAUAACGCCGCUCCCGCUCUGAGAUCCACCGCCACCGUCGUGAUCAAAGUCCUGGACUCCAACGACAACAGACCCAAGUUUACCGACAAGCUCUUCCACGUGCAGCUGCUGGAGCGGCGGUGGCAGUCCGGGAAACGGGACGUCUGCAGAGUGGUGGCCAGCGACGAAGACGAAGGUUCAAACGCCGUCGUGACUUACAAGCUCCAAGACAACAGCGACGAGCGGUUUCAGAUCGACCCGCUAACCGGGGUGGUGACGUCUCACGGCGACUUCUGGCCCGGGAACUACAGCAUCCUCACGAUUAAAGCCACAGACGGCGGCAGCCCGCCGCGCUCCUCCACAACUCGUCUGGACAUUGAGUGGGUGGCCGUCCCGCCCCCCUCCGCAGACCCCAUCACGUUUGAGGAACCCCACUUCACGUUUGCCGUCAUGGAAACGGAGCCGGUCACCAACAUGGUGGGCGUCAUCAUGAUGGAGACGCAGCGGCAGCGGCUGUGGUUCGACAUCACCGGUGGCGAUGAAGACAAAGAUUUUGACAUCCAGAAGAACUCGGGCACCAUCACCAUCGCCCGAAAGCUGGAUGCGGCGCGGCACGCUAUCUACAACCUCACGGUGCAAGUCACUGAUGGCCAUCGCAGCGCCACCACACAGGCCUACAUCCGCGUCCUGGACAUCAACGAGCAUCGGCCCGUCUUCCUGAAGCCGCUGUACGAGGUGAGCAUUCCUGAGGACACGUCUCCAUGGAAGGAUAUCCUGCAGAUCAGCGCUCAGGACCUGGACUCCAACAGCAAGCUGGUGUUCUCCAUCCACAGCGCCGUUCCCCCUGACAGCACCGGGCUCUUCCACCUGGACCCGAAGAGCGGCGUCCUGGUGAUGACGGAGCCGCUGGACUUUGAGAGGACCGCCGUUCACACCCUCGUCGUCAUGGUGCGUGACCAGGAGAUCCCGAUGAAGAGAAACUUCGCUAAGGUUGUGAUUCACGUGGAGGACUGUAACGACCACUCGCCAGCCUUCCUGAGCCCCCGCUAUGAAGCCAGCAUCUCUAACCAGGCCCCCACAGGCUCGGAGGUCAUCCGAGUCAAGGCCCUGGACAAGGACACGGGAAGCAACGCCGACAUCAGCUACUCGCUGCACUCUGGAAACACCGACAACAUUUUCUCCAUCGAUGCGGAGUCGGGCUCCAUCCGUGUCUCCAAACCUUUGGGCCUCCAGCAUCAGGACCACUUUCAUCUGUCAGUGAAAGCCACAGAUCAGGGUUUCCCUCAGCGCUCCGACCUCUGCACCCUCCACCUGCACAUCCGCCUCUCCGACCGAACGCCCCCAACCUUCUCCUCGGAUGAAUACCUGACAGAAAUCAGCGAGCUGAGUGCUCCUGGCACCCCAGUGGUGACCGUGUCGGCCUCCAGUCCUGCUGCAGUGCAUUAUGGGAUAGAGAGCGGCAACACAAACGGGACGUUCUACCUCAACCCCUACACCGGGCUGAUUUCUAUCCAAAAACACCUGGACUUUGAGGACCACGAGUCCUAUAGGCUGGAAGUUGCAGCCUCCACCACAGCUGGAGCUUUGUCCAAGACCUUCGUCAGCAUCUACGUGAUCGACGAGAACGACAACGCUCCGAGGUUUCAACAGAGUGAGUACCAAGGACACAUCAGCGAGUCUGCUCAUGUGAACAGCAUGGUGAUGGGACAGAGCAACGCGCCGCUGGUCGUUCAUGCCUCGGAUGCAGACCGAGGUUUCAACUCUCUGUUGACUUAUCAAAUCCUCGAACCAGAGGCUCUGAGAGUCUUCCAGAUCGACCCGAGUAUGGGCACCAUCUCCUUAGUGUCUGCUGUCGACUUUGAGGCCAAGGCUGAGUAUCACUUCACAGUGCAGGUGAAGGACUCUGGGGAGCUGUCACUGCGAGCAGCAAAGCCUGCCAAGGUCACCGUACGCAUCCUGGACCUGAAUGACUGCGCGCCGCAAUUCGCCACGCCAGUCCUCCAGUCAUCUGUCAUCUGGCCGGCUGUCAGAGACGCAGAGGUUGUUCGAGUCACGGCCCGCGAUGAUGACUCUGCAGUCUCAUACAGCAUCACUGAGGGAAAUCUGCACCAAGCGUUCUCCAUCCAUCCAAAUACUGGAGUCAUCAGCGUGAGCAACGUGACAGAUUUCCAGCCGUUUUACCAGCUGCUGGUCAGAGCCUCAGACGGCCUCUAUAAAGACUCUGCUGUGGUCAAGGUCAACGUCACAAACCUGACUGACAGCGAUCUGCAGUUCCAGCAGAGGGUGUACUCGGCCGGCGUGUCAGAAAACCUAAAAGCGGUCCAAACUUUAGCUGCUCUCAAAGUCUCAGGAUGCUUCUUAAACGAACCUCUGCUGUAUUCAAUCAUUAACCCGAUGGGAAAAUUUAAGAUUUCCCAGACUUCAGGUGUGCUCGAAACCACAGGUGUUGCUUUUGACCGAGAGGAACAAGACGUAUAUGACAUUACAGUAAAAGUGCAGGACAUGAGAGAUCCGCCCAGAACGGCAACCACUCAGGUCAAGGUCUUUAUAGAUGACGUUAACGACAACUCCCCGCAGUUUCUGAACUUACCUUUCUCCAUGAUGAUCUCUGAAGACUCUGAACCCGGAGAUGUUUUGUAUCAGGCCACCGCCAUCGACAGCGAUCAGGGGGAAAACGGCUCCAUCAUUUACUCCCUGGUGGAAGACUUUGACUUCUUCUGGAUAGAUCCAGACGUAGGCGACAUAUCUCUUAAAAAGCCGCUUGAUUUUGAAGCUCUGAACAAAUACGUGCUGACGGUCUUGGCCACAGAUGAAGGCGAGCCCGGUCUCAGUACCGUUUCCCAGCUUAGUAUUCAAGUUAGGAAUCAGAGUAACCCGAUUUUCCAAACACUACUUUAUCCACUCAAAGUUCCGGAAAACGUUCCUCCGUUCACCACUAUCCUGCAUGUCCAGGCCAGGAACCCCGAGGGUUAUCGACUCAUUUACAACCUGGAGGAGGAGAACGCCUCCAGACAUUUUCACGUGGACUUCAAGACCGGCGUGCUGACGGUGACCAACCCUCUCGACUACGAGAGCCAGACUGCGCACACGCUAACGGUCCGAGCCACUGACGCUGUAACAGGCUCCUUCUCUGAGGCCACCAUCGAAGUGGAGGUGGAGGAUGUAAACGAUAACGCUCCCGUUUUCUCACCGCUAACGUACGCCGCAAACAUUGCAGAAAGGCUUCCAGUCAACACGUCCGUCACACGAGUUUCUGCUUCAGACAAGGACUCUGGCAGGAACAAAGAUUUGACCUAUGCCAUAGUGACAACAGGCGAGGACGAUGCCGAUUCUUUUGAGAUUAACCAAAAAACUGGCCUGAUUGUCACACGAAAAGUCCUGGAUUACGAAGAAAGAAAGCAGUUCAAGUUGAAGGUCAGAGCCACGGAUAAUGGCUCUGUUCCUCUCAGCAGUGAGGCUUUUGUCACGAUAAAUAUCACUGAUGUGAACGACAACCCUCCAGACUUUAUAAGCUCUGAGUUUAAAGCCAAAGUAGACGAAACUGCAAACUGUGGUCACUUAGUGGUGAAGAUCCAGGCGUCUGAUCCGGAUUCAGCCGACACCAAAAACCUCAAAUACAAGAUCCUCACUGGGAAUCGGGACAGAUACUUCAACAUCAACGAGUCCUCAGGAGUCAUCUCCUUCUCCAAUGUCUGUAAGAGGAAUUUGGAUCCUUUCUACAACCUGACGGUUGCCGUGUCCGACGGGGUGUUUCAGAAAACAGCGCCCGUCACCAUAGACAUGAUCAACAGCAACAGGUACAGCCCGUACUUCAAGCAGAGCGUCUAUGAAGCAGAACUGGCUGAAAACGCUCAGGCAGGGACCCGCGUCAUCAGACUGGCAGCCAUCGACCCCGACGAAGGGCCGUACGGCAGCGUGGACUACACCAUCAUCAACAAGCUUGCAGAUGAGAAGUUUGCCAUCCUCAAAGACGGACAGAUCAUCACGACGCAGCCGCUGGACAGAGAAAACUCAACCCAAAAGGUGGUUGCGAUCAAAGUGAUGGCCAAAGACGGGGGUGGCAGGGUGGCGUUCUGCACCGUCAAAAUCAUUCUCACCGACGAGAACGACAAUGUUCCUCAGUUCAAAGCCUCUGAAUAUCAAGUUUCCAUCCAAUCAACCGUGAAUAAAGGUUCCCCUGUCAUUCAGGUCAUGGCGUAUGACGCUGACGAUGGCAAAAAUGCAGACGUCACCUACACUGUUGACGAAGCUGAAGAGGUCACAGAGGACAUCAUCGAGAUCAACCCGUUCACUGGGGUUGUGAGUGUGAAGGAGAGCCUGGUAGGCAUGGAGAACAGGAUUUUCAACUUCAAGGUCAAGGCGCGGGAUGGCAGCCUCCCCUUUUAUAACUCCACCGUCCCCGUUCAGAUGAAAGUGGUUCCUCCUGAAGUCCCCCUGCCAAAGUUCUCAGAGCCCCUCUACUCUUUCUCUGCCGCAGAGGACUUCCCAAUCGGUUCGGAGAUCGGCUCGGUUAGGGCGGACUCCGACAUGCCUCUCAUCUACAGCCUGGUGAACGGGAACACAGUGGAAAGCAACAAAGACAAAGUCUUCAGUUUGGACAAGGAGAGUGGAACUUUGCUGCUGCAGAAGCCCAUCGAUCACGAAAGAACAAAGUGGUACCAGAUAGACGUAAUCGCUCAGGGGAACCAUAACGGAACAGACGUGGCAUCGCUGGUCUCCGUCAGCAUCCAAGUCCAGGAUGUGAACGACAACCAGCCCGUGUUUGACGCCAGCCCUUACAGAGCUUUCCUGACAGAAAACAUGCCCGCUGGAACCACGGUCAUUCAGGUGACGGCCAACGACCCGGACACGGACACCAACGGUCUGGUGACCUACAGCCUGGAGCCGCUGGCCGAUGGCGCCCAGCUGGACAUCUCCCAGGUGUUUUCCAUCGACGGCGACAGCGGCUGGAUCACCACUCUGCGUGAGGUGGACUGCGAGAGAAGCCGGAUGUUUCGGUUUAACGUGGUCGCCACCGACCACGGCGGCGAGGUGAAGCUGUCGUCCAGCGUGCGGGUGGAGGUGAUGGUGACGGACGAGAACGACAACCCGCCAACCUUUUCCGAGGAGGUGUACCGCGGCUCGGUGGUGGAGAACAUCACGCCCUUCGAACCCAUCGUCUCCAUGACGACCUUUGACGCCGACGUGGCCCUGCAGAACCGCCUGGUGACGUGUUACAUCACAGACGGGGACCCUCUAGGCCAGUUCGCCAUCAUCCAGGAGGACGAGAACCAGUGGGGUCUGAUAGUGAAGGAGAGUCUGGAUCGAGAGACCAAAGACAGAUUUACCCUGAGAGUGACCGCCACUGACGGGAAGUUUGAGGCCGCCGUCACCGUGGAGAUCCAUGUGCUGGACCUGAAUGACAACAGCCCAACGUGUGAACAGCUGCUCUACACAGAAACAGUGAUGGAGAACUCCUCCCCGCGACGGUUCCUGCUCAAAGUUUCAGCCUCAGAUCCAGAUGUCGGAGCAAACGGAGAGAUCUCAUACACCCUCCACGGUCCAGACGCAGACAAGUUCCACCUGGACCACCGGACAGGUGAGCUUUUAACCCUUGCUGUGCUGGACCGUGAGAGUGACGGCGAGUUCAACCUGGUGGCCAAGGCGACAGACGGCGGGGGCCGAUCCUGCCAGGCCGACAUCCAGCUCAUGGUCCAGGACAUGAACGACAACCAGCCGCUCUUCUCCGCCAGCCACUACAUGGUGACGGUGUUCGACAACACCACGGUGCGCACGCCCGUCGCCGUCAUCUACGCCAAAGACCCAGACGCCGGUAUAAACUCGGAGGUGAGGUACAGCCUCAUCGCAGGCGAUGCCGGCUACUUCUCCCUGGAUGAGUUUUCGGGGGUCCUGCGUUUGGAGCGACCUCUGACCCCCGAUACCCCGCCCACCUUUGUGCUGAAAGUGAAGGCAACCGACCGCGGUCUGCCUCGCCAACUCUACUCGACCGCCACGGUGACGGUGGACGUGGUCUCCCUGGACGACUACCAGCCCGUCUUCCUGAGCUCAGACUACACGGCGCAGCUGCCGGAGUCACUGGCGGUGGGCUCAGAGGUCCUGAGCGUGUCGGCGCUCACCGCAGACGGCGGCGGUCCGGACGCCAUCGUGUACCGCAUCAUUUCUGGGAACGAGGACGGGCGGUUUCUGCUGGACGCUCACACAGGCCUUCUGACCCUCAUGGCGCCGCUGGAUUUUGAAGUUUCCCGGGAAUACUUCCUGUCAGUGGAGGGGAGCAGAGGCAAGUCCCCCCUCAAAGACAUCACCACCAUCAUCAUCAACGUGACCGACGUCAACGACAACGCGCCAGUGUUCAGACAAAGCGACCGCAGCGUGGACAUAUCCGAGGACCUGACACCAGGAAGUCUGGUGAUGAAGGUGACAGCCACUGAUCAGGAUGGUCCGAUCAAUAAUCUCCUGCGCUACUCCAUAGUGAGUGGAGACCCUCUGCAGCAGUUCUCUAUAGACCAUCGCAGUGGAGAAAUCACCGUCCGCACCGCUCUGGACAGGGAGCAGACCCCUCAUUACUCUCUGACGGUGCAGGCGGCGGACGAAGGCAGCCCCCCGCUGUCGUCGGCUGCCCUCAUCACCAUCACCGUCAGUGACGUUAACGACAACCCCCCUGUCUUCUCUCAGGUCAACCACCAUCUCCUGCUGCAGGAGGGCGAGGCCGUCGGCAGCACCAUCCUGCAGCUCGUGGUGAUGGACAGGGACAUGCCCAAAAACGGCCCGCCGUUCUCCUUCCACAUCGUCAGCGGCAACGAGGACCGCCGUUUCCACGUGGAUCAGGGCGGUCUGCUGUCGCUCUCCGCCCCUCUGAGGAAGAAGGUGAAAGCCCACCAUCAGCUGAAGAUCCAGGUGACGGACAGCGGCCAUCCUCCUCUGUCCUCCAUCUGUGUAGUCAACAUCAACGUGACCGAGCAGAGCAAGUAUCCUCCCACCGUCACGCCGCUGGAGGUCUUCAUCACCACCACCGGAGGCCAGUUCCCGAACCGGGUCAUUGGCUGGGUCCAUGCAGCUGAUCAGGACCUGCAGGACGUGCUGAUCUACAAACUGGUGACACCGGAUAACGGAAACAAGUUUUCCAUCGACGCCAACAACGGGAAGCUUUGUGCUGAAGGAACUCUGGAGGACGGCACAUACGCUUUGAACGUGAGCGUCAGCGAUGGGAAGUUUACCGUCUGGGCUGGGGUUAAAGUUCACGUGUGGGCAGCCAAUCAGAGGGCGCUGGACUCCGGCCUGACUCUGGUACUGGCUGGAGUGAAAGCGGAGGAGUUCCUGGGGGACCACUGGAGGGGUCUUCAGCGCAGCCUGGGUCAGGCUGUGGGUCUGCCCCAACAGCAGCUUCUCCUGGCCAGCAUGCAGCAGCUGAAGAACCCCGAGGUCCUGGAGGUCUUGCUGAUUUGGAAGCCCGAAGAUGGCCUUCCCCGGGCCCUUCCGUCCACCAGGCUUGCAGGGAUCGUCUCGGACAUCGAGGACUCUCUGGGCCUCAGCAUUCUCAGGGUCAGCCAUAACGGGUGUCUGGGUAGCAGCUGCCCCCCGCGUGGCUGCAGGAACGCCGUGCUGCUGUCAUCAGAGACACUCGGCCUCUUCUCCACCAACAGAGCCAGUUACAUCACCCCACUGCACCGCUGGGAGAGCGUCUGCCCCUGUAACGAGUCGGCUCUGAGGUUCGACAGCAGGUCCUACCUGAAGUACCUGCACGGGCAGGACGAGGACAGCUGGGAGUUCAAGCUGUCGCUGGGGUUCAAGACGCUCCACACGCAGGGCCUCAUCAUGUCCACGCACGGCGCCGGCGACUGGGGAGCUCUGCAGGUGACUGAAGGUGAGCUGCAGCUCAGGUACGAAUGUGGAAAAGGCUCCUCCAGGACGCUGCGGCUCCAGUCUCCUCCAGUGGCGGACGGCCGCUGGCACAGCGUCCUGCUGGAGGUCAACUCCACCUUUCUGAGACUGACCCUGGACCAGCAUCGUCCCACCUCCGUCCCCCUGACGGAGCCGUGUAGGAUGCUGCGUUCCCAUGGUGCCUUGCUCUUCGGCUCCACGGAGACACCUUCACAGCAGCGACGGGACUUCAUCGGCUGCCUGGAGGACCUGCAGUUCAACGGAGAGCCAAUCCCAGCGGGGGAUGCGCAGGAGUGGGCGGGGUCAGGGAGCAGACGGGUGUUUGGGGUGUACGGGUGCUGCAGCGCGGCGGGAGGCUGCAGUCAGCAGGCCUGCCUGAAUGGAGGGAAGUGCAAAGAGGACGCUGGUGGAGAGCCUCGGUGCAGCUGUGAAGGACCGUUCCACGGCGCCCGCUGUGAGCUGCCCAACAACCCGUGUGCCUCGCAGCCGUGUGCGCACGGCUCGGCGUGCACGCCGCAGGCCGACGGCUACAUGUGCAACUGCUCAAAGGAAAACCCUCAAGCCAGAUGUCACUGCUUGACAAGUUCCUGUUCCGGAGGCUUCAACUGUGAGGUUCUGGACGGUCAGAUCCGAUGCAAACUGCCACUGGAACAUCAAGGGAUGGGUUUUGUGGAAAUCAUAGAGAUUUGUGCAGGCCUUCUUGGAAUCCUGUCCCUGGUCGUCAUCUUUGUCAUCAUAAGAAAACGAUACGUUCGGCAGAAGAAGAAAAAGCCGGCGUGCGUUCAGGACUCCAACGGCUAUUUCCAAUCCAGUCCGGCCAAGGAUGCCAAAGCAGCCCCUCAGGAAACCCCCCCGGUGGAGAUGAGCUCCCUGGCCGGCUCCACCAACAACCUGGACCACACGCCGUUCAGAUCCCUUAGACCCAGGAGCCAAAUCAGUUCGUCUGGAGGCAGAUCGCCAAAGACGCAUGGACCGGUUGUGUGCAGCGUGGCUCCCAAUCUUCCUGCCAGACCACCGUCCAGCUCCGACAACGACUCCAUCAGAAAAGGACGAUGGGACAUGGAGUACGAAGUGUACCCGGCUGAUCCGGACUAUUACGGUCGUCCCACCGUUCAGGAGUUUCCGCAGUUCGACAUCGUAGAGGACACCUACUCCACCUCCACGGUGGACUCUCGCAGAAACUCUCGAUUUGGGGGCUUCCCCUUCCCCCUAGACCGCUGUGACCGGCGCGCUCCGCUGCCGCCGUGCUACAGCAACCAGAACCUGGAUGACUUUUUGGGUCCGGACGGGCUCCCGCUCCCGAGCUCCCAGUGCCCGAACGAGUACACCGCCGUCAGCUACUACCCCCGCCAGCACGCGCGCAGCCUCGACAACGUUUCCGGAGGCUACAAGAGGCUCAGCAUGCGCUUCAGCAUGGCCAUGCCGUCCUACACGGAGCAGGCCGGCCCGCCGCCACCCAACGCCGCCCAGCCUCAGACUCGACCGGCGAGACAGAACCUGCACAGCUACGACGGUUCCAGCAUGGUGGGGAGCGAUUAUGGGAGCUGUGAGGAGGUCAUGUUUUAGGGGGAAAAAACGGCUCCACUUCUGCGGAUUAUUUUAGUCUGAAAUGUGAAUUUGACUGGAGCAAUUAACCCCCCACCCCCCCACCUGCUCCCCUUACUUAAGGCAGCUUGAGGAUCUGACCAGGUGACCUGAUCCAUUUCCUCUCAGAGAUAAAGUCUCUGCGGUCAGUCGUCUUUGAUUUGAUCGACGGGCCGAGGUCAUCCAAGGUCGCUGUUUACCUCAGCAGGGAAGUUCAGCAGAAGUUCAUCUUUUGGUGAAGAGACACUGCCGAGGGGCUCGCUGACUCAUCGCGGCUGUGAAAUCACUAACAGUAUUACUGACUCUGCUGUGCACUCUUCAGAUGACGCUAAAUGAUGUGGUCGUGGAAGAAGGAAGCCACGUCUGCACGCCGCUUCUCCGUCGUUUCCUUCCAUCUGACUGAGAGGGCGGCCGCCGUGUGCAGAACGAGUCCAGAUGUGUUGCACUGAUUUCAAAGGACCAGUGAGAUGUUUAUGGGAAAGCAUAGAUGUAAAUGUAUUAGAAGUGACGUGAACCACAUUGCAAUCAGCAUUAACAUUUCAGCAUCUGUCACUCAGAAGAGGGCUGGAUCCUCUGUUACAAAUAAUAGAAAGAUGGAUGGAACAUACAUUACAAACAUCAGUGCUGUGUGGAUCUUGCAGAUUUGGAAUCUGUUCCCCCACCCCCACCCCGUCCCCGGCGUGCAGCGCUGCCUUGGACUUAAUAAGGAGUACUUUGAACAGCAGAAAACAAGUCGAUGCAGCAAAUUUUAAAAUACAAAUAUACAGCCUCCCAGAUAAAAGCAAUGCGUGUUUAGGUCAAAAACAAGUCGUGCUGAAUGCAGCACAUUAAAGCAGGACGUGUUUGAAGUGUGGGGGGGUGGGGGUCAGUAUUUAUGAGCAGAUCCUCUCUGUCUCACCUGCAGCUGAUCGAGGAACCAUCGUUUAAAAAAAAAAGGCAGAUGAUCCUCUGCUGCUCAGGUCCAACAGAGUUCCCAUGUUUUAGAGCGGACAUCUGAUGUUUAAUGUCCUCCCAGAGUGUGAGACGGAUGACGAUGCUCUAGUUUAAAUCUCAUUUUUAUUUUCAUUGUUUUUUAAGUGGAAAAGCCCCCCCCCCCCCCCCACACACACACACACUGGAGGUUUUCAUGUGUUGAAACUUGACGGACAUUGACUGUACUGUUGAUGGCCCUGAACACGUGGGCGGAGCUAAGAAUCCCCAAAAUAAAAAUCUUUAACUGUAAUUUGUAAAAGUCAUAACUCUUCUCAAAACUGCAUAUUUAAUAUGAACAAUAUGGUAGAAUUUUGACAAAUUAGGAUUUUUUUUUAAGAAAAGCUGUGUUUUGCGUGAAAAGUGCUUUGAAAAACGGUUUAAUGGGAUUAAUGAAAGUAACGAUCCUAUUAUGAUCAAAGUGUUUCAGACAUUUUCUGUACAUUUGACGCGUUUUCAUGCUGAACUGGUGAUUUCCCACUGCAGCCGCUUGACCUCCAGUCAUCUGACAUCCGCUCUCACUCCCAUUAAUUUAAACCAGGAUAGAACUUGAGGAGUAGGUUGUGUUUGUUUGUGUGUUCGUGCAAUCCCACUGGUUUGUUGUCAUGCAGGUUUUGUGUUGUACUGUGCAAAGAUGUAACUGUCGAAUGUGUGUAAGAAACGUUUAUUUUUGUAAGGGUGUAAACUCAUCCACGUUUCCUCUGUGAGUGAUUUUAUUCCAAAGUUGUCAUUCCUGUUCUGUUUAAAAAAAAACAAAAGAAAAUCUAAAUAAAGUUAUUCUAAAUCUUA